GCGAAGCUAUUCACAUCGUCUUUCGACCGCAUCCGCAUUAUUAUAUAUCGUGAUUUCGAGUUAAAAUCUUUCGUGAAAACUGUUAUCGUUCUUGUGCCGUCGAUUUGCAAAGCAUCUUGCCUGUGAAAGUCCCCAAUUCCGUAGCGUCGACGAUCUACCGCUGGUGAAAGAGCAGCAAAUUUACCGUAGUAACCGAACGGUAUCGACCAUCUUGGCGUAACGCGCAUCUCACCGCUUGCAAGUUGUCGUCCGCGGCCGACUCAACGAAAAUCAGUGAAAAUGAUGGAACACUAUAAGUUUUCUUUAUACAUCUAUAUGUAGCGAGUGGGGUUAGCGCUUGGUGUGUUUGAACAUCUGUAUCCGACUGUACUCGAUGGUAUAGUGUGUAAAUGGUGAAUUUUAAGUUCGUUUCCAUUCCAAACAGCGACGUGAGGACAGUACAUCCUUCGCUGUAGUGUAUGCCGUAGUCGAUUUGGAGUGCGUCCAUGUUUAAUUGCGUGUGACCCUAGUGUGAAAAAUAAGGAGCAACGAGCGGAAGAGAGAGAGGGAGAGAGUGCGUAAGUUCGCCGUGUCCGUGAAACACUGCAUUUUCACCGACAACAAGCGAGUCGAAUUGAUGAACCAUUGAUUUGACCUCUUGGCAGCCUCCAUCGGUUCUUUCUCUAAACAAUAUUCCUUCUGAUGUACUGCUUAAUGCCAAUGUGUGUAAGUUUAUAGUCGAGAUCCUGUGGAUUGUAACAGCGGAACCAAUUGUCCUGAUUUGAAGGACAAGAUCGGUUGAAGGUCAACCCAACUACUUCCGUUCCGUAAACUCCAUAUUCGGUAUCAUCUGUGGACUGUGUGUUGUAUGUACACGACGAACCCUUCAACUUGCGCGCUCCUACGAAUUGAUAAUUAACGGUAAACAAAGCAAUCGCGAAUGAGCGCGUCGGAAGUAAAAGAAGUUUUCUGUGUACAAACGAAUGAACGACCAAACGUACGGGUCACAAUCAAUCUUGCCGCAAAGUGGAGCGAAGGAAAAGAAUAAAGCGAGCUCGUGAAAACUUUCCCCAUUCAAGUGUGCGUUGCGUUACGAAGUCGCGCAAAGCCGCGCUGUAGUCUUGCAGAGUUGAGUGAGUCAGUUGUCAAACCGCGGCCACUGGUAAAAAUCUCGCGGAUUCCACUGCGUGAGUGUUGUAUUUUUUUUUCGGUACAUUUGGUGACCCACUAUCAGAGACUCCGCAAGCGUAGAGUGCAAUCGCGCGACGCUGGACACUUCUUGCUAGCCGGCAAGGGAGUAACAUAUUCGACUCGUACUUAAAUGUGCCCGCAAGCUGCCGCACCCGCCAUCAUCGUCGCCGUCGUCAGCAACCGAAUUUACAAUAGCAACAGCUACCGCCGCCUUCACCAGCAUCGGCAGGUCACAAGCAAGAACAUUUUGAAAAAGAGACUCUGCGUACACCCGACCACCAUGUUUAGAAUCGCCGCCAAGAUCAACGCUGGACUGAUAAGAUCGCCCAAGAUGGUCAAAUACUCACCGAGCACGGGGAGCUGCCUCAGACUGCACCACCACCACUGCUAAGCAGGUGCUGUGAGUGAGGUGUCGCUUCGUCGUUCCACCACUCGCCUUGUUUUGGCCAGGUUUUAAGCUAGUUCGUAAGCACCACAAAUAAGGCAUCGUUAACUAUUGGUUUGGUAAAACAACGAGAAGACAAGCGAGAGGCAAACAAGUUUGUUGUCGACUAAGAAUAACAACAGCGCGCACAAUUAAGAUCACCUGCAGCACGGAUUUGCAGCAAACAUAAACAAAAGGAAGACACGCGCUAGAAAUCAGCAAGCAAGCAAAACAACGAGAGCUUGCGCUAUAUUUUAUCGAAGGAAACAUUGUUCAAACAAAUACCGACGCGGUCAAGACGAGAUUGUCCGGAUUCGCGUAUAAGGAAGCAUCCAAUCAUCAUUCAUUCAUCGCUAAAAUCAACGGAAGCAGCCGAUUUUUUCGAAGCUUUAGACGAAAAUCCCACUCUAAGCAUAAUGAAGCUACUGGAAAGCAUCCGCUUCGAGGCGGUCAACAACAAGCUGCACAUCCAGACCGGGGACAGCACCAUUUACGGCCGCAUCGAGUCGUACUCCUGCAAGAUGGCCGGCAACGACAAGGCCCUGUACAAGCGGUUCACCUCGGAGCAGGCUCCGACCGAUCUGCAGGCCCUUUCGCCGCCGCAAACGCUGCAGGACAUGUCGCCGCAGAUCCUCCGCAGCAGCCUGUCCGGGGACGAAGGCGUCACGCUGUGCGAUACGAUUUCGCGCAAGACGCUCUUCUACCUAAUCGCAACACUCAACGCAGCGUUCGAGCCGGACUAUGACUUUAGCGAGGCAAAGAGUCAUGAAUUCAGCAAGGAACCAUCACUGCAGUGGGUGCUGAACUCGAUUGAGGGCAACCUGGCCCCGGUGGCCGGCGAGCAGUACAGCAAAAUUCGUCACGCCCUAUGGACGACGAUCGAGGACGAAAUCUCGCUGAAGGACUGCGAUAUCUACAGCUACAACCCGGACCUCAACUCGGACCCAUUCGGCGAGCCGGGUUGCCUGUGGUCGUUCAACUACUUUUUCUACAACAAGAAGCUGAAGCGCAUCGUUUUCUUUACGUGCCGCGCCUUGAACUCGGUGUAUGCAGAUUCGGGCUUUUCAAGCGAUUUCGCUAUGGAGGAUGACGAAUGCUACUAAAACCAUCGACGUCACUUCUUUUUUUUUUGUAACCAAUGACGACGACAAUGCAGUGGCGGAAACUGGCAUUACAGCCUGAAUGUUUGUGGAUCUCGUCGUUGGUGUUUGGAAAUGACUUUUUUUUGUUUUUGUGUGUUUUUCCAACAUAUCGAACUUUUUUUCAUUAGUAUCAUAAGUUUAUUGAGACAAUUCGAAAGCACACACUACCGAUCCCAUAUGCGAAGAAGCAUAUGAGAACAAGAAAAUUAUUUCGAGACAAUUCGAAAGCACACACUCUCGAUCCCAUAUACAAAGAAGCAUAUGAGGACAAGAAUGAAUUGCCCUACCAGACUAUCAGUUUUUUCUUUUCUCUUUGUUUUCUGAAGAAAACUUAACUAAUUUGACGAAUUCAUGCUUAAUACUGAGCCAAAUAUGGAUAUCUUUACGGAAUUUGGAAAUCAGACAUAUUUUUUUCAUUUUAUUUCCUUCUCUGAAUAAGUGUGUGCUUGUUUUAGUUUUUUUUCUUUCAUCAUAUUACAUUCAAACGAUAAUUUAAUAAACUAGUGAAAACACGAUAAUAAUCCCCAUGCAUUGAAGCAAACUAGCGGUAUGAACAAUUUUUCUUCGAUAUAAAUCGUAACGCUGAUUAAGGUUAAAAAAAGACUGCAAGCGCUUGCAACAUCAUCAGCAACAGCAUUAGCAGAAAAGCGGCAACAUGAAAACAGCAGUACACAGUUCAAUAAGAAACCAACCAAGAACAAGACACGACACCGUUACGUGAGGGCAGGUGAGAGCUGCGGCGUGAGAACUCGCGUAACGGUGAGUGCGCGAUGCUGGCAAUGUGUAGCCAACUGGAGCAAUUGAAAGAGCUUAGCUGUAUUUUAGAAUUAAGGCAAAGCAGAAAGCGGGGCGGGCGAAAAGGGCAGCAGAAAAGGAGGAGAUAUCUCGGCCAUCAGGGCGGGAACCAGUCUGAAAUAUGCCCACAAUAUGCAUAGGUUUUGGGGUGGCGACCCAGAGAAACAUUGUUCGUUGUUGUAGGGUAGCAGCCGUCUUAAUUAGCGACAAACGGCCAGGAAGGUGAAGAAGCGGAGAAUCAAUGCUCCAAUGAGAUAAAACAAGAUAACUAACGAACGAUAUAGAUCGCUGUUACGAUAGAAAAAGCUCUUCCAAAUGACCAACAACCAGCGCCGCUGCAAAGAGAAGUGAAAUGCGAUGCGGAAUGUUGUGGUCCCAGUUGGUGAAAUUGCCGCUGUUUCCCGCUUGCCAGUGAAGCACUGGCCGUCGUCAAUCCUUCCGUUGGUUUUGGUUCGUAGGAUGCAAAAAUAACUAGAAUGCAAGUGAAAGUGGCAGAACCACCGCACCGGGUUCGGAAGUGAAUCGAUCGAGACGAAGGAACGCUUCCAUCAUACAAAGUACGGCACAGACAGUGCCUCAUCGGCAAGCAGGGACAGUUAAUUGGUACACUGAGAGGGAUAGGGCGGUUCCCGGAGCGAUCCGGGUAGGGAAUAUCGGAACAAGACGAACCGACACGUAAAGCAUCGACGCGCGAAGGACGCAAUGAGGACGCACAGUUUAAUCGACAAGAGUGUAACUGAUCUCAGACAAUAAUUGUUUCUGAGUUUCUCAUCCAAUGUACAAUUUACUUGCAAUCCAACCUUGCCAAUUUUUUUCAACUAGACAGCUUUUAUAGCUGAUUUGAAUUUUUACUGAUGUUUUUUUUUCUUAUUACUCUGUUUAUCGAAGUCAGUUAUAUUAUAAAGUUAAUAUCAAAAGUUCCCAUUAUUUGGGCAUAAAUAUUAGCAAAACACAAUACAAUGGAUUUAAGACCCCACAA